AUGUCAGAUUUGGAUACUACGGCAAGAUUAUUGGCAGAAUCCGUGGUAGCAUCUACAUCAAAAAAUGCUGAGAAAAGCCUAAAAUCACUGGAGGAUCAGGAUGGAUUUGGGCUUACUUUGCUGCAUGUUGUAGCAUCAUCGAAUUUACCGACUCCGACGAGGUUGGCUGGCGCUCUCUUCUUUAAGAAUUUCAUCAAGAGGAAAUGGAUCGAUGAAGAUGGUAAUCAUUUGUUGACACCAGGCAACGUGGAGCUUAUAAAGAACGAGAUCGUUCCUCUUAUGAUUACUCUCCCAAAUAAUUUACAAAUUCAAAUUGGUGAAGCAAUUUCUGUGAUCGCUGAUUCAGAUUUUCCACAUGCAUGGCCAUCUUUGUUGCAAGAUUUGGCUAGCAGAUUAUCCACCGACGACAUGGUGACAAACAAGGGUGUACUCACUGUGGCACAUUCGAUUUUCAAAAGAUGGAGGCCACUUUUCAGAUCAGAUGAACUAUUUCUUGAGAUCAAGGCUGUUUUGGACGCGUUUGCAGUGCCUUUCUUGAACCUGCUGAAAAAUGUGGACGAACAAAUCGGUCAAAAUGAAAAUAACGAGGCUUCAUUGAAUCUACUAUUUGAUGUCCUGCUGGUGCUCGUCAAGCUAUAUUACGACUUCAAUUGCCAAGAUAUUCCAGAGUUCUUUGAAGAUAAUAUUAUGACCGGGAUGGGGAUCCUUCAUAAGUACCUAGCCUACAAGAAUCCUUUACUUGAUGACCCCGAAGAGACUGAACAUGCAGGUAUUCUGUUGAAAGUCAAGGCUUCCAUUCAGGAGCUUGUACAACUGUACACGGCGAGGUACGAAGAUGUUUUUGGACCUAUGAUUAAUGAGUUUAUCGAGAUAACGUGGAACCUCCUAACAUCAAUGUCUUCUCAGCCCAAGUACGACAUCUUGAUCUCCAAGUCGUUGUCGUUCCUCACUGCGGUUUCCAGAAUUCCAAAAUACUUUGAAUUCUUCGACAGCGAAUUCGCGAUGAAUAAUGUGGCGGAACAAAUAAUUCUUCCAAAUGUUACCUUGCGAGAAUCAGAUAUCGAAUUGUUUGAAGAUGAUCCUAUCGAGUACAUUCGCAGGGAUUUAGAAGGCUCUGACACUGAUACAAGACGAAGAGCAUGCACUGAUUUUUUGAAGGAAUUGAAGAGCAAAAAUGAGCAGCUUGUUACCAACGUGUUUCUGGGCCAUAUAAGUAAGUUCUUUGAACAAUAUCAGUCGAAUCCAUCUGCUAAUUGGAGAUACAAGGACCUCUGUGUUUUCCUUUUCACUGCAUUGGCCGCUAACGUUAACGUCACCAGUACUGGAGUUUCUGCAACAAAUAACCUUUUAGACGUGGUAGAUUUUUUUGCUAAGCAAAUUGUUCCCGAUUUGACACAGAGCGUUCCAAAUGUAAUUUUGAAGGUUGACGCUAUAAAGUACGUUUACGUCUUUAGGAAUCAAUUGAACAAAAGUCAACUAAUUGAAAUUAUGCCCAUCUUAGCAAAUUUUUUGCAGAUGAAUGAAUACGUGGUUUACACCUAUGCAGCUGUCACCAUUGAAAGAAUUCUGACAAUUAGACAGUCAAACACAUCCCCAUUUUUCAUCUUCAACAAGACAGAUUUAUCAGAUAGUGCAAAGAUUUUAUUGAACAAUCUGCUUCGCCUAAUAUUGAAGCAAGGUUCGUCACCUGAAAAGCUGGCUGAAAACGAGUUUCUGAUGAGAGCUUUAUUCAGAGUGCUGCAAACCUCCGAGGAUACAGUACAGGACAUGUUCCCCGAUAUAUUAGGUCAACUACUAAACAUCAUUAACGUAAUCGCCAAGAAUCCUUCCAAUCCACGGUUUUCGCAUUACACUUUUGAAUCAAUUGGCUCAAUCAUGACCUCAUGCCCGGUUUCAUCCCUUACAUCCCUAGCCGAUACAAUAAUGCCAACAUUUUUGACAAUAUUAUCCGAAGAUAUUCAAGAAUUCAUACCGUACGUUUUUCAAAUCACAGCAUAUAUCGUCGAGAAAGGUGAGUCGGUACCUGAUAGUAUAAAGCAGCUGGCCCAACCAAUUUUGUCACCUGUCAUUUGGGAACUGAAGGGAAAUGUUCCAGCGGUUACUAGGCUGCUAAAAAGUUUAAUCAAGACAGAUCAAUCAUUGUUUUCAGACCUUAUCCCAGUUCUUGGUGUUUUCCAAAGAUUGAUUGCCUCUAAAGCUUAUGAUGUUUAUGGCUUUGAACUGUUGGAGACCAUUGUUUUUAAUGUUGACAUCAAUCUACUGAAGCCCUAUCUGAAGCAGGUUGCAGUCCUCUUACUCCAACGUUUACAAAAUUCAAAGACGGAGAAGUAUGUUAAGAAAUUUGUUGUCUUCCUAGGAAUGGUUUCUACAGCACUUGGCCCAGAUCUGGUCCCAUCAUUUAUUGACGAAGUACAAGAUGGGUUGUUUUUGCAAAUAUGGCCGAGCUUUGUCCUUCACACUUUACCCACUAUUGGAAAUCUGCUAGACCGUAAAAUUGCAUUACUAGGCGCCUCAAAUGUCAUGAUAAAUGGACAAGUCUUUGCAAAUAAGUACUCCUCGCUGCUGCCUUCAACCCUGGAGAGUAUCGUUGAAACGACCGCUUCCGAAAGUGUCGCGCACAUGAAAAACGAUCAUGUGGACCUGGAUAACCUCGAGGAAAUCUCAACGUUCGGUUCGAGCUUCAGCAUUCUGGUCAGUAUAGCCGAGAAGCCACUCGAUCCAAUACCAAAUGUUGAUUUAACCCUGGGCGUGAAAGCUCACGUUGCUCACUCGUUACAAAAAUAUGAUCAAUCUGGGCCACUUCUGAGUAACAUCGCCUCGCAAAUUUCAGAGGACGCUCAGUUGAAGUUGAAGGCUUUGUUAUCCUUACCUUGA